GAGCGGCCAUUCGGAAAGCCGUGGUGAGGGUGGCGGUGACCAGUGAGGGCGGCCGAGUCGCGGGCCGGGGAGAAGGGACCACAGCACGCAAGGCCGCCUCCUGUUUCCACGCCGCCUGCGGGAGGGGGGACCUAGGAGGUGUGCCGGGGGUGGUUGGGAGAGGAGGUGGAGCCUCCCAGGAGACUUAGAGGUACCUUCCUUCUCACAGCAAGCUUCUUAUGUUUUUUCUUAACUGAGAUUUUUUUGUUGUUGUUAGAAACAAAGACAAACUCUAUUUUGUCGCCCAACAAAAUUUCAAGUGCUGCGACGCCCUGGACUUGCCUGUACUUCCUAUGUGGACCUUCUCUGAAGGAUUGGAGCGUGCAUUCUUUGGCUGUAGCAGCCUAUACCUCAUUUUUAUACAGGAUAAGUGCUGUGCUCCUUUUCUCUGGUCCUGGCAUAGAAUGGCCUGUGCCGGACAUCAUCCGGGACGUUUAGCUACUGUAGGAAGCCUUUGCUUUCAGGAGCUUGGUUAGAGGCAUGAACACAGUACCAGUUUCAAGUCUUUAAUUAGAAUCUCAAGCUCACACUACUAAUAGGCUGAUUUGUUAAAAGACUGUAACCAAAUUCAAUUACCAUGGGGAAUGUUUUUGAAAAACUGUUUGAAAGUCUGUUUGGGAAAAAGGAGGUGCGGAUUCUUAUUUUGGGUUUGGAUGGAGUAGGAAAAACCACCAUGUUGUAUAAAUUGAAGCUGGGAAGGAUUGUGGCUACCGUCCCUACAGUAGGUUUCAAUGUGGAGACGGUGGAAUAUAACAAUAUCAGCCUCACCAUCUGGGAUGUCAAUAGCCAUUGUAAACACAGACCUAUGUGGAGACAUUAUUUCAAGGACACCAAAGGUGUGAUUUUUGUGGUCGAUAGUAACGACAGAGAACGGAUCAGUGAGGCCCAAGAAGAACUAACCAGAUUGUUAAUGGAGGAUGAGCUCAGGGAUGCAGUCUUGUUGGUGUUUGCAAAUAAACAGGAUGUUCCCAAUGCUAUGAGCACAGCAGAAAUAACAGACAAGCUUGGCUUACAGUCCGUCCGCCGGAGAAACUGGCACAUUCAGGCUACCAGCACCACCAGUGGAGACGGGUUUUAUGAAGGCCUGGACUGGCUCUCCAACCAGCUUAAAAACCAGAAGUGACUGGAAGCAAUUCAUUCCUGUGCCUCGUGGCGAAACCAGCUGCUUGUGUGUGUGCAAGGAGCAAGUGUGGAUGUGUGGCUGGGCGUGGGGCGGCUUUCUCACAAGGUGCCUUGUAUCUGCUAUAAGAAAACCAGUGUUACAGUCUAAGAAAAACCAGUGUUAUGUUUUGUACCCUACCUCCUGUUUCAGUAGCCUUGAUGAUCAUCCCUACAGUUGAUGGAGGAAUCCUGAGGGCUGUCGGGGGCACAGGAGCCAGGGUGACCUUCAUGGUGGAAAGAAGAAGGGUUGCCGGCAUGAGGACCAAGUCCAAUUGUGAAGACCUGGCCCUGGCGUCUCCGCAUACCCGGGACCCUGUUAGACUUUAGAGUCUACGGAAAGGAAGGAACUGGCAUUCUUUCCCAUCACUGCCAGAGCUAGAGGCUCACUAUUCGGUGCUUUCGAGCAAAAGGCGCUUGCUUACGACAGGUUUGAAGUUCAGAUUGGAACUUUUCCCUUCAGCUGCAGCUAGCCCAGACUUCCUGGUGUAACAUACUUUAUUUCAAGGAGUCAGUGGUCUUUUUCAUUAGAGUAUCCAGACUACAGGAACACUAGAGAAUUAUCCAGUCCUCCCCUUGUGCUAGUUCCUUCCUUGAUUUGCCUUUUUUUCCCCCCCUUUGGCCAAAUGGAGACCAUUUUGGGUAGUAACCCAGCAUGAGGCUAAAGCUCUUUGCUGGGGCCACAGUCCAGUGAAGGAUCUGGAAAAGAAAGCAAGGUGACAGUCAUGUUUGUGUCCUUGCAUCACCCUCUCAGGUUUCAGGCUCCUGAGGCUGCUCUCUCGCUUCUCUGCUCUGUGCUGAAUGUUCUACCCGCUCAAAGCAGGAGGUUUGCUCCUGGGAAUGAAUCAUCACCAUGUUCAGUAUCUCAAUCCAACUUCCGGUUUGGGCUAACACCUGUGAGUUAUGAGAGUUUGUGAGAGAAUCAAGAGGUUAAUUUGGGGGACAAAAUUCCCCCUAACCCCUGGUAUCUAUUGCCUCUGAGUUAGUGCAAAAUUUCGCCCUCCUGGUAAUGUCUAGCGCCUACACCGCUGUCCAUGGUACUGACUCCCUCUUCUGGAUAGUGGUAAUGUCUUACAUGGAAAACAUGCUUUAUGUUGUCAAAAUGUUAAUGAAAAUGGCCUGGAGAUGGGCUAGGUUCUCUCAGUAAUCUCGAGCUCUUUUGCUCAGACAUUUGUUGGCCAAAUUUUUACACGUUUCUACUACUUUACCUUUUAAAGUUCCUUUUAAAAAAAAUCUAUUGAAAUUACAGGGGUGAAUUUUUAUAAGGGUGAGUUUUAAGAAAAGUAAACCUUGUUUCUUGAUAACAAUGAAGUUGAUAUUACUGGGGAGAACUUGCAUACCAUAACAAGUGUAGGUGUAAUGUUUUUCUUUAAAAUGUUGGCUUUAAAGACUGUUCAUUGCAAUCUUGUCAACUAAGUCCAGUUUUGCUUGUUUAACCACAGAGUAAUUCCUGAGCAAUGUUUAGAUUCUAUGUUUAAAUUGGCUGGGACUGUGUCUUACACUGUGUAUUUAUGCUUAGUACAGUGUACUUAGUACAGUGCCAGGCUUCACUGAACACUGUCGAUUGGUUGAACAAUAAAAAGCUUGCUUUGGAAGGAAGAGAAGGCGGCCCUGUACUUCUGAAUGUCUUGAACUACU